UUAAAUUAUUAAUGAAAUUAAAUGGGACAUCCUGGAAUUUAAAUUGACCGCCAGGUGCGCAACGCUACCUAGUUACCAACGGCCAAUGGACGUAACAGAACCGCCCGGCAGAAGUCACUAGACACCAUGCGGUUAGGCAUGUGGUGUGCUUGAAGCAUCCUAACCUCAUUCAGUGCAAAGAAACACAUGUACAAGCACACCUCAAGGAACACUGGAACCGUACUAAUAAAACCAUGCCAGUAUUAUUUUAAACAAUAGAAAAAAUUCUAAAACAAAAAUGUCGUCGCCAGAGGGAAACAUCACACAGCACAAGUCACAUCGUGAGCGAAAUGCGGGGCGAAAAGCCGAAAAGAAAAAGGGGAAGAAGCGUCAGAAUGAUGAGCUAACAGACAAACAGCGAAAUCCAAAAGCCUUCACCUUUAAUUCUGCAGUGAAAGCAGAGAGAAGAUUCCGAAGGAAACAGGACAUCGAGACCAAAAAACAACAUAUUCCAGUGGUGGACAGAACCCCAGUGGAGCCUCCUCCAAUUUUAGUAGCUGUCGUUGGUCCUCCAAAGGUCGGAAAAUCACUGCUAAUCCAAUGUUUGAUAAAGAGUUACGUACGUCAGCCUCUCAGUAACAUAGUGGGUCCUGUGACAAUAGUCUCAGGUAAAAAACGAAGAAUAACUUUCAUGGAGUGCAACAACGAUAUAAACAGCAUGAUAGACAUUGCUAAAGUAGCAGAUCUGGUGCUGCUGCUGGUCGAUGCUUCUUUCGGCUUUGAAAUGGAGAUUUUUGAGUUCUUGAACAUUUGCCAGGUGCAUGGAAUGCCUCGAAUCAUGGGAGUGCUGACUCACCUGGACCUUCUCAGUAACGCCAAACAGUUGAAGAAGACGAAGAAAAUUCUCAAGCACAGAUUUUGGACCGAGGUAUAUCAAGGAGCCAAAUUAUUCUAUCUUUCUGGUCUUCUACAUGAGGAGUAUCUUCGUAACGAGGUGAAGAAUUUAGCUAGAUUCAUUUCAGUCAUGAAGUUCAGGCCUUUGGUCUGGAGAACAACGCAUCCGUAUUUGUUAGCUGAUAGAGUUGAAGACCUAACCUCACCUGAGACUAUAAGGCAGAAUCCCAAGGUGGACAGAACGAUCAGCUUGUAUGGAUAUGUCAGGGGUGUUCCACUCACCAAAGAAUCAUCAAUUCAUAUUCCUGGCUGUGGAGAUUUGAGAAUAAAAGAUGUCAGCUUUCUUCCUGAUCCCUGUCCUCUGCCUGAGCAGAUUAAAAAACGAAUGCUGGUGGAAAAGGAGAGGCUUAUUUACGCCCCUUUCUCGGGAGUUGGAGGUAUUGUGUAUGACAAAGAUGCAGUUUAUGUUGAGUUAGGGGGAAGUCAUUCUCACAAGGAAGAGAACACUGGAAUGAUUUCGUCGUUAAUGGAAACUCAGGGGACUCUGGACGAAAAAUUGGAGAAGAGUGAAAUGCAAUUCUUCAGUGGAGCUGGUUAUAUCAAAUCUGGGGAAGUUGAGGAAGAGAUGAACUGUGGAUAUGGACAAGUGAAUAUUGUGGAUGGUGGGAGAAUCCGAAGGAAAGUUGUUUUUGGGGAUUCUGGAGAUGGUGACGAGGAGAAAGGUGAUGAAGAUGGUGAAGAUGAUGAAGAUGAUGAAGAUGAUGAAGGUGAUGAAGAUGGACAGCUUGAAAAUUUUGAAGAAGUCGCCGGAGAUGGCGAAUCUCUUGGCAAAAGAAAAAUGGCUUCCCACACAGUCGACAAAUUGUCGAAAAGACCGAAGAUCGAAGGUGAGCCAGACGAUUUGGAGCUGGAAUUGACUUCAUUGAGAGCUCAAGCUGCAACAGAAAAUUUGAAAUCAUUCUCUGAGGCACCAGUAGUUCAUCAACCCUUGUCCAAAAACCCAACUUGUCAAAUUAAGGAUAAAAUAGCGGAGGGUCUCACUAAAUUUUCAUCCAUUUCCGAACAAAUGAAAUCGAGAAGAGACUCUGCGAGUGUGUCAGACGAUGACGAGAGCUUCGACGAACUAUCAGACAACGAUAUUGACAGACAAUCAAUAUCAGGCGUCUCUGACAACGCCAAAUCUGAAGGAGAAACAGACGACGAAGAAGAUGGUGGAGAUUCAGACGAUGAAGGUUUCCAAUGGAAGACAGAUUUGGCGAAAAAGGCGCGAGAAUCUUUCCUCAAUCGACAACAGUCUAAUGUGAAUCUCAUGAAGCUCGUCUACGGGGUUUCGGGUUCACUGAAAACCGAUGAAAGUCAGGAUGAUGAUGACAACGAGGAUGAGAAUGUUGGGGGAAUUUUCAAAGUCGUUUCAGAAAAACAAAAGCAAAAGCUCGAAGAAAGAGAGCUCAAGAAUAGGGAAGAGUCAGUCUAUCAUUCAGAGGAUCACCACAGGGACUGGACAACAGAGGACAAUAAACUCUGUUUGAUAAAUCGUUUCGUUACAGGCAAAUGGAAGGAAUCCGAAGAUGCUGAGAAGCUUCUCGAACUUGACGACUUGGAAGAGGACGACGAAGAAGUCUUUGGGGAUUUUGAAGACCUGGAGACUGGGGAAAAGGUGCAGGGAGAUACAGCCAAACCCCCUAAAGAGUUGCCCACCGAUGAGGCUGAUGAGAGGAAGAAGCUGCUCGAGAAAAAGAGAAAGCUCAAGCAACAAUUCGAUUCUGAAUACGACAACACCGAGACCAAGAGCUACUACGAUGACCUCAAGCAGGAGGUGGAGAAGCAGGCGCAGUUGAAUAAAUCUGAGUUUGAAGGGCUGGAUGAUGACCUCAGGAUUCAACUCGAAGGCUUCAGACCUGGAAUGUACGUCAGAGUUGAAUUGGAAUCAGUUCCUUGCGAGUUUAUAACAAAUCUGGAUCCAACGUAUCCCCUGAUUGUCGGGGGUCUUCUCCAUGGCGAGGAGAACAUUGGAUACGUCCAAGGGAGAUUGAAGAAGCACAGGUGGUACUCCAAGAUCCUCAAGACUAGAGAUCCACUGAUUCUCUCGGUUGGAUGGAGAAGAUUCCAGACGAUUCCGAUUUACUCGAAACUGGAGGACAACUUGAGGAAUAGGAUGAUCAAGUACACGCCUGAACACGUCGCCUGUAUGUCCCACUUCUGGGGACCAAUUACUCCUCAAGGGACUGGGUUUCUCGCUGUCCAGGACGUUUCAACGAGAAUUCCUGGCUUCAGAAUCGCAGCUACUGGAACAAUUCUGGAGUUGGACAAGAGCACGAGAAUUGUUAAGAAGCUGAAGCUGACGGGGGUUCCCAUGAAGGUGUACAAAAAAACCGCUUUCAUCAAGGACAUGUUCAAUUCUACCCUGGAAGUCGCCAAGUUCGAGGGAGCCAGGAUCAAAACGGUGUCCGGGAUCAGGGGAAUGAUUAAAAAAGCUGUUAGCAAACCCGAGGGCUGUUUCAGAGCAACUUUUGAGGAUAAAAUUCAACUGAGUGACAUCGUCUUCUGCAGAACUUGGUAUAAAAUUGAUGUUCCCAGGUUUUAUAAUCCUGUGAACUCGCUGCUACUACCGGCGGAGCAGAAGAACCAGUGGAAGGGGAUGAAGACCACUGGACAGCUGAAACGAGAGGGCAAUGUCAAGGCCCUGCCCAAUAAGGAUUCACUCUACACGAAGAUUGAGAGGCAGCCGAGAGUCUUCAAGCCACUGAUUAUUCCUAAGAAUCUCCAGAAGGAACUGCCUUACAGAGAUAAACCCAAGUUGGCACCUCUCCCGAAGAAUGGAGUGAAAACGUUUAAGGAUAAGAGAGUGGCGGUUGUCAGGGACGUCAGGGAGGAGAAGGUUGCCAAGUUGAUGAAGUCCAUUAGGACUAAUUAUGCUAAUAAACAGGAAAAGCUGAAGGAGGCGACCAAGGCGAGGAUGAGCGCUUAUCAGAAGAGGGUCGAGGCCGAGGAGACUAGGAAGCUGAAGAGGCAGAAAGAACUCAAGAAACAGGUGUUUAGAACUUUGAGCAAGAUGGAGAUCAAGGAAAAGAAGAUGCAGGGCGGGAGGCGGUAAUCAUUGUAUAUUGUGUAAAAUAUAUUUUGUUAAAUAUGUUGUUAAAAUUUAUCUU